AGAAAAAUAUUUAUUUAUAAACUAAACUAAAGUGAUCAAUUUUGUAUGUGUGGAAUUUGUAAACAGAAACAAAAAUAAAAAUAAAACAAAUUGAAUACAAAUUACAUACAUAUUUAUAAUGGAUUUAUUAUUCCUGAGUAAACGUAUUUAUUUGGGCACCGAAGAUGGAUUUAUACAUGGCGGUAUAAUAGUCAACAAUGAGGGAAUAAUAGAAAGAAUCUUAAAAUCAGCUGGGGAAGUCAAUACAUAUUUGUAUAAUAUAGAAUCUGAGGCUGUAUAUGAUUUUGAAAAUUUGGUUUUAAUGCCUGGACUCAUAGAUGUCAAUGUACAUAUUAAUGAGCCAGGUCGUAAGGAUUGGGAAGGCUUUCUUACGGCCACAAAAGCCGCUGCCGCAGGAGGUUUCACCACCAUAAUCGAUAGACCUACUAAUGCCAUACCUGCCACCACUUCCUUGGCCAAUUUAAAACUGAAAUUAUCCACUGCCCGUGGUAAAAUUUAUGUUGAUGUUGGUUUUUGGGGCGGUAUUGUACCCGGUAAUACUGCUGAUAUUGAGCCUUUAAUAGGUGGUGGUGUCAUUGGCCUACAAUGUUCUCUUUCACCAGCAGCCGAACCUGUUGGCAAAGAAUUCCCUGCUGUUAGUAAACAACAUUUGGAUAAGCUUUUGUCGAAUCUAGACAACAAUAUUGUUAUAGCCGUUCAUGCUGAGGAGAUGUUGAUGACACCCAUCAAACCCAAUGAAAAUGAACCCAAAUGUUAUGAAUCGUUUUUGAGAACAAGACCUGCCCGUAUGGAAGUGAAUGCUGUACAAAUUGUAGCAGAUCUGGCGUUGAGGCAUAAAAAAAAACAAUUUCAUUUGUUAAAUCUCAGUUCCAAUGAAGUCCUGCCCAUAAUAAAUGAAGCCAAAAGUAAAGGUGCUCAAAUCACUGCCGAAACAUGUCCCCAUUAUCUCAGCUUAGCAGCCGAAGACAUUGAAGACUGUCACACGGAAUUCAAAACUCAGCCACCAAUACGUGAAAAAGCUAAUCAACCAGCUUUAUGGGAAGCUUUAAAAUCAGGUUGUUUAGACAUUAUAGCAUCAGAUCAUUCGCCAGCAACACCGGGACCCAAAUGUUUAACAUACGGCAGAACGAGGGGUAAUUUUAUAAAUGCCUGGCCGGGCGUUUCAUUCUUGCAAUUGGGUCUACCCAUAGUUUGGACCCACUGUCAAAAGCAUGGCUUGGGCAUGCAACACAUUUACAAAACCAUGUGUGAGAGACCUGCCAUAUUGUGUGGCUUGGAAAAAUCAAAAGGUAAAAUUCUUGAGGGUUACGAUGCCGACUUUUGUGUUUGGGAUCCCGAUGAAGAAUUUCAAGUUGAUACCAAUAUAUUGUAUUCCUCGAAUAAGGCCACUCCUUAUUCCAAUCAACGUUUACGCGGUGUUGUACAUGCCACCGUUGUAAGAGGCCUGCAUGUCUAUCAACAGUAUGAAGGAUUUGGUCAGCCGUUGGGGAAAAUUAUCUUACGUAAAAAUAUCAAGAAAAUGGUUAAAUUUCAAUAGAACCAACAAACAAAUGACAAAACCAUAAUAAUGUUGUAAUAAAAA